AUGUGUGCGGGCUCAGCACUGCAGCAGGAGUUCAGGCAGGAGUACCAGCGCUGCCUGGAGCAGGAGUGCCAGCGAGGCCAUGCUUGGACCAGCACCCACCCCUCCGUGAGUGAGCAGUUGAGGCAGCGGCUGCGGCAGGAGCCGGCAGUGCUGGGUGCCCUGCAGGAGGACGGCCCCACCCUGGUGGCCCAUGGGCUGCAGGGUCACCCCGACCCAGAGCUGGCACUGCAGGGCCUGGCUGCAGCCUUCCAGCUGCUGGAAAGGGCAGCUGUCAACCUCUACCUCUUCCCCUGGCGCAAGGAGUUCAGCACCAUCCAGACCUUCUCUGGCGCUUAUGUGCACUCCCUGCGCCCGGUGCUGCCAGAAGCUGACCUGCUGCGGAGCUUCGGCCGGCUGGGCUAUGACUGGCAUGACCAGCACUGCCUGACCGUCCACCGGCCUCUCCCUGGGCCCAACCUGCUCGCUGCCGCCUGUGGCUUCCUGGCUUGUCGUCUGGAGUGCGAGAUCCUGGCAGAGGUGGUGGCGCGGCUGCGGCCAUGCCAGCCCCAUGCCAGGGAGCUGCUGGAGGCACGCCGGCUGGCUGGGGACGUGGAGGCCUGCGUGGAGAUGCUGCAGCGGAUGGGGACACAGCCAAAGGCAGGAGCUGACUGUGGCGAUUGCAGUGUGGAUCUCUACCAGAAGAUGCCAAUCAGUCCAGACGACACUGGGGGAGAGGAUGCAGCCCCCCCACCAUCAUGGAGGGACCCUGGGGGCUGGGACCAGUGUGAGUGUGGACAGGAGCUGGUGCCCUCCACAGAAAAUCCCAAACCGGACUCCACUUUUCAUUUUCUGGAGCAGGACCUUGAGGGAGCCAACAGAAGCUCCCAAAUGCGGGGAGAAGCCAAGGAUUCAGCCCCUGCUAUCUCCCAGGAGGCCCCUGACCUACCUUGCUACCAGCUGCACUCCUGCCUGCAGUGGGGCAGGCUGCCCUCCUACUGCUGCACCACGUGCCAGCAGCUCCAUGCCAGCACCUGUGCAGCCGGGCUGGUGUGCCGCAGCCGGCACCGUGGGCAGGAGCUGCGCACUGAGCGGCAGCAGCGGCUCUGGCUGCGGCGCACAGAGGUGGACAUGCUGCUGGCUGACAGCCCUGGACCCUGGUCCUAG